CAGGGCGCUGCGUGCGGCGCGCCUGUGCGGGCCCUCGGGGCUGCGCGAUCCUGACCGGGACGCCAAGCGGUGUCUCCCCGCGGCUCCCGGGGAUUGUGACGAUGUGGAAACUGAAAACCAAAGAAAGUAUGACUGGCCCAAGUUUGCUCAGUAAAUGACAGAAGUGGCACCGAGAACCACGGCCCUGGACACCAUCUGAUGCUGCUGUUGCAUGAUUUGUUUUUUAAGGAGAUGCCUACAUAGAAGAGCGACAGCAGCUGGCCUAAAUGUUUCACUGCUGAAGUGGCUCCUCAGGUAUCCCAGCCUGGCUUUGCUAUGGGAGAUUGGAUGGCUGUUACAGAUCCAGGUCUGUCUGCAGAAAACAAGAAUAUCUCUCAAUAUACCUCAGAAACAAAGAUGUCUCCAUCCAGUCUGUACUCACAGCAAGUGCUAUGCUCUUCAAUACCUUUAUCAAAAAAUGUGCACAGUUUUUUCAGUGCCUUCUGCACAGAAGAGAAUAUUGAACAAAGUAUUUCAUAUCUUGAUCAGGAAUUGACUACUUUUGGUUUUCCUUCAUUAUAUGAAGAAUCCAAAGGUAAAGAGACAAAGAGAGAAUUAAAUAUAGUCGCUGUUUUAAAUUGUAUGAAUGAGCUACUUAUACUUCAGCGGAAGAACCUUCUAGCUCAGGAAAAUGUGGAAACACAAAAUCUGAAACUGGGAAGUGAUAUGGACCAUCUACAGAACUGCUAUGCAAAACUUAAGGAACAGCUGGAAACCUCCAGGAGAGAAAUGAUUGGACUUCAGGAAAGGGACAGACAGUUACAGUGCAAGAACAGGAAUUUACAUCAGUUACUGAAAAAUGAGAAAGAUGAGGUACAAAAAUUACAAAAUAUCAUUGCAAGUCGAGCUACUCAAUAUAAUCAUGAUAUGAAGAGAAAAGAGCGUGAAUAUAAUAAACUAAAGGAACGUCUACAUCAACUUGUUAUGAACAAGAAGGAUAAAAAAAUAGCUAUGGAAGUUUUAAAUUAUGUGGGGAGAGCUGAUGGAAAAAGAGGCUCUUGGAGGACUGGUAAAAGUGAAGCAAGGAAUGAAGAGGAAAUGUAUAAAAUUCUCUUGAAUGAUUAUGAAUAUCGUCAGAAACAAAUCCUAAUGGAAAAUGCUGAACUUAAGAAGGUUCUUCAGCAAAUGAAAAAGGAAAUGAUUUCUCUUCUUUCUCCCCAAAAGCAGAAACCUAGAGAAAGAGCAGAUGAUAGUACAGGAACUGUUAUCUCUGAUGUUGAAGAAGAUCCCGGGGAGCUGAGUAGAGAGAGUAUAUGGGACCUUUCCUGUGAAACUGUGAGAGAGCAGCUUACAAACAGCAUCAGGAAACAGUGGAGAAUUUUGAAAAGUCACGUAGAAAAACUUGAUAACCAAGUUUCAAAGGUACACCUAGAAGGUUUUAAUGAAGAAGAUGUAAUCUCACGGCAAGACCAUGAGGAAGAAACUGAAAAACUUGAGUUAGAAAUUCAACAAUGUAAAGAAAUGAUUAAAACUCAGCAACAGCUUUUACAGCAGCAGCUUGCUACUGUGUGUGAUGAUGAUACGACUUCACUGCUCCGAGACUGUUAUUUAUUGGAAGAAAAGGAACGACUCAAAGAAGAGUGGUCCCUGUUUAAAGAACAAAAAAAGAAUUUCGAGAAAGAAAGACGAAGCUUUACAGAAGCUGCCAUUCGCCUAGGAGUAGAGAGAAAGGCAUUUGAAGAAGAAAGAGCCAGUUGGUUAAAGCAACAGUUCUUAAAUAUGACUACCUUUGACCACCAGAAUUCAGAAAAUGUGAGAGUUUUCAGUGCCUUCUCAGGAAGUUCUGAUCCAGAUAAGCUUACAGUGCACUCAAGGCCACAGCAAAAGCCCCACAGGGUGUCUAACGGGUCUCCAAUUUGUACCUCUAAACUUACAAAAUCUCUUCCUGCUUCUCCUUCGACUUCAGACUUUUGCCAGAUGCGUUCCUGUGUAUCUGAACAUAGUUCAGUCAGUGUGCUAAAUAUAACUCCUGAAGAGACUAAACCAAAUCAGGUCGGAAGAGAAUGUGCAAAUCAGAAGUGGAGCGUGGCGGCAAGACCUGGGUCACAGGAAGGCUGCUGCAGUGGGUGCUCCUUGGCCUACACAAAUGCCCACGUAGAAAAAGAUGACUUGCCUUAGACAUGUGGACUGGAAUUUUUUUCAUUAACAUGUUCAUCAAAUUUCACAUCUAAAUUGAAACAGGGUGUGUCAUAAAGUCAAUCAUCUCUAAUAAUUUAAGAUGGUCUCAGUUGUUUGUUUGAACUUCCUGUUCUUCUCCCCAAAGAACUAAAAUGUUAAAUCUAUUUAAAAGAAUAUAAAGGUUUGGAUAUGUAUUUUUAGUAAUAGAGGCAUCUGGUUCUGUGAAUAAAGUGAUGUAUAGAUGUUUGGAUGGAAACAAAAGCACUAGAAUGAGUUUCCUCUUAUAGGUAUUAAAAAUAGCACUUUUAGAAAAAUGAUUGUUGUAAAUGUUUCAAUUUUGUCCCAUAUAUAGUUGAGAGUUUAGCCUUUACUUGAAUGUAUACUGUAGAUUUUUAACAAAGCAAGUUCUAUAUUUAUUAUGUUUAGUGUGAUUUGAAAUUUGCUCUUUCAUGUUUUAAAUAAAGUGAAGUUUAUGUAUGUUUUGUACAUAGAUACACAUGAUUAUGUUAAGAGGCUUUAAGAUUUAAAAAUUGUGCACAUCCAUAAUUAUAGUAUUUCAUGCCAAUAAAAUUUUUAUUAGUGGGAUUCUGUUUACAGGUGUAUUGGAGCCAUUGCCACAUUGCGUGUAAGAGUUUUUGGAACCCAUUUGAGCAAUAAAUAUUCAAAAGCUAUUUCAUGAAGCCAAGUUCUUUAGAUAAUUAACAUUACUAACAUACAUUUUUGAGAUUUGUACAGCAUUAGAUUUUUAAAAUAUAUGUAGAUAUAAUUUUUCAAAGGAGUAUUGAUUAUAGGGUAAUAGAGGUAAGACAACAAAAGUACCUUUGAAUAAAGCAAUUUAAGAAUAUUGUC